GGCAAGCCCGAAGGCCCUCCUGGCUCCGAGGGCACGUUGUACCCUGUACAUCAUGCUGACACUCCCCUGUUGGUUGUUUGUAUGGACCGAUUGGUAGCCCCCUUACCUCCCUUUCUGGUCGUGAUUCCUCUCUGGUGCGCCGCCAGUUAUGUUGAUAAAACACUUCCAGCGGCCUUAAUCGGACCUACAAGCUCUAAAUCGCUGACUUAAAUCCGGUUUGAAGAGAGAUUUCUCAAGGAAUAGCGUAAAGUGCCUCCGCUCCGGCCGUCCCAGGGGAGAAUAAAUUAGCAACUGCCCCCCGGCCCUCGAGGUGGUAUUUCCUCGUCCUAUAUAGUUUGCAACCGAAUGACCAAGAUCUAAACAGUUAGUUUACUUGUCAAAACUUCACUAUGCCAUUCCGCGACUUCCAAAAGUCUUCAAAGGACAUUCAACUUCUCUCCGAACAUAUUCUGGCCGCUGAAUGUGAGGUCCCUGGUGGAGGCUAUAAUCAUAGCGAGAUGGAUCUCGACAAUUGUCUAGGUGAUGACAAUGGCAAUUUCCAGUGGGGAGGAAGGAACUUCCACAGCCACGCUCAUAAUAUCAUAUUUCACCCUGACGAGGGCGUUGCCCAUGUGCCUGUCCUUCGGGCAGACCUUGACGGCGGAAGCAAGCAGAGUAAUGUGAACCUGGGCGAGAGAAUUGGCAAUGUCAACGGCCAUCUGGUGUUCAGGUGGUAAGUCUUCUUGUUAUGAAGCAUUGAAGAUUUCCUGAUGAUAUGUAGAAGAGGAGUA